AUGGGUCCAGACAAAACCCCAGCUCUUAAGACCUCAGAGGUACAGAAAAUCAUACGUGAAAUCCUGGAAAAGAAGUUAGCAGGUUCAAAUUAUGAGACUGCUGACAGUAGUCACAUGACUAAAACAUUGGCCGAACAGAUCAAUGAACGAAUAAAAAUAAUCGUUCCCAAACGAUACAAACUUGUCACAUUUGUGGUCCUCGGUUGUCGUGAAGGGUGUGAUUUGAACGUCGGUAGUCGUUGUUUGUGGGACCCUCGGUUUGAUCAAUUCCACGAGGAAAAAUAUGAGAAUUCCUCUGUUUACGCCAUUGUCACAGUUUAUGUGAUGUAUACAGAAUGA